AUGGCUUCCCUUUCAGAUGAAGAGCAUUCACCCUCGGCCGUUUAUCCAUCAACACCGUUACCUAAAGCUGUUUGGAUUGGAGGUUUAGCUGCAAUUUCUUUGAUUCUUGCUUCCUCCCACAUAAUAUCUUCAUGGUCUGCCGGGACUAGUGUUGAUGAUUAUGUCUAUGGGGUCAUAAAUCGCCUUACCGACACAGCUCAAAACAAAUCUACUCAUUCAGGACAGCAAGACAUUUCCAAAAGUCAACCGACGGUAGCUCAGAGUCAGAACGGAAUGAACUCAACUGGACUGCCAUUACCUAAGUCUAGCUCCAAUAAUACUAUUCCUUCACCUCCAUUUUCUGCCAACUCAAAACAGGACAUCUCCGUGGAUUCAGAUCAAUGUGAUCUCUACCAUGGAAGAUGGGUUUACGAUAUCCGUGGACCGUUGUACAAGAAUGACUCUUGUCGUAUCUUGACGCAGUCACAGAAUUGUCAAGGAAAUGGAAGGCCUGAUAAAGGCUAUGAGAAUUGGCGCUGGAAACCUAAUGGCUGUGACAUUCCCAGAUUUGACGGCAGGAAAUUCCUUGACUUGAUGAGGGGAAAGACAUUAGCCUUUGUUGGAGACUCGCUCGCUCGGAAUCAAAUGAAGUCCUUGCUCUGUAUCCUUUGGCAGGUUGAGGUUCCAAAGAGUAGAAGCAACAAAAGAAUGCAGCGAUAUCAAUUUGAAUCAACCUCGACAACGAUCCUUCGCAUAUGGUCUGCCUGGCUCGUCAAUAAAACAACAGAUAAAUUUGAUUUUGCUCCAGACGGAUUAGAUAAGCUACACCUUGAUGUCCCAGAUGAACGCUUCAUGGAAUUUAUCCCUCAAUUUGAUGUAUUAGUUGUCUCUUCAGGUCACUGGUUUUCCAAGAAAACUGCAUACAUCUGGAAUAAUGAGGUAGUAGGAGGCCAAUCAUGGUGGCCCAAAAAGUCCAGAAAAAUGAAAAUCAACAACAUUGAAGCUUUCGCUAUAUCAUUCGAAACAGCUCUCUCUGCAAUUGUUACGCAUCCGAAUUACACCGGCCUAACCAUCGUUCGUUCCUUCUCACCGGAUCAUUAUGAAGGAGGAGCAUGGAACACAGGUGGAUCAUGCACUGGAAAGGUUCAGCCACUCAAGAGUGGUGAAAUCAUUGAAAACAAAUGGACCACCAAAAUGUAUUAUCGACAAGUCAAAGCCUUUAGCCGAUCAAUGAAGAAGAUGACCAACAAAUCGAAGCUUAAAUUGAUGGACGUCACGGAAGCUUUUGGUUAUCGCAACGAUGGCCAUCCAGGUCCGUACAAAGACCCCGAUCCGAAUAAGAUCACGAAACCAGGGCUGGACGGAAAGCCUCCAUCUCAAGAUUGCGUUCAUUGGUGUAUGCCAGGCCCGGUUGAUACCUGGAAUGAAAUUUUAUUUGAGGUCCUAAAAAGAGAAUAUAGUGUUAGAUUUGAUAUUACUUCCUAG